AUGGGUGUAGAUGUGUCUGUUACACAGGGUCUAAGUGAAAAGGUGUCCAAGUGCUGUGACCUGAAGGCGUACAACCCAGUCAAUGAAAUAUGCUGUCAAUCAACCAUCGUAGCAAAACCUUCACCAAUGGCUGAAUGCUGUGGUAAAGAGCCUUAUGAUAAGGACAAGCAGUUGUGCUGUGGUCCGAAUGAGAGCAAGAUGAUUCUGAUGAGGAAUUCCAGUCACCACCAGUGUUGUGGUCACAACCAGUAUGACACAGAGAAUCAGUGCUGCUGUUCAAAUGAGGAAAGCGUGGAGAUACAAUCGAAGGAUUCAUUCUGUUGUUUCAAGGACUUUGGUGUAUCUGCAGGUCAAAGCAAGUCCAAGGUGGAAAACCAAGUCUGCUGUGAUGGCUGUGCAUCUGUGCAGAAGCCUUGGAUCAAUCAAUGCUGUGGGGACACACCGUUUGGCUCAGCACAACGUGGAGUUCUCUGUUGUAAUAAGACCUUGUACGAGAACAGAGAUGAUGGAGAUGAAUGUUCAGAGACGGGUAUUCCUUAUGACCCGACUAAAGGGACCAUAUGUUGCUCUCAGUUUCAUGGCAGCCCGGGACAACACUGCUGUGGGACAGAAAUUUACCAGCCUGAUGCUGAGAUCUGCUGUAACGGACACAGACAUUCCAGAUCGGAAAAUAUUCACUGCUGUGGGAUUAAAGCCUACAACAUUAAAGACCCACAGAUGAAGUGCUGUGCAGGAACACUGUACAAUCUGACACUGUUAGAUGAGCAUGGACAGGAUGCACAGUGUUGCGGAUCCCUUCUGCAAAAAACACUGUCUUUUUAAAACCAGGACAUUUGCUGCUCAAGUGAGGACAGAGAAGUGCUAUACUCUGCUAAAACGGGAUUCAGAUGCUGUGGUCACCUCUACUUCAACACCACCCUGUGGUCAUGCUGUGCUGAGCGGCUGAGAUCAAUCCAUGAACCAGGACAGGAUCGGAGAAAGAUGAAUAAUGAAUCCAGACUUCAAUCAGUGAAUAAUAUGAACAAAACUGAUCUUUGCAAAAAAAUGCGCAUCGGGACGGUGGAAAGUGUGUCUCUGCAUAGCAUUGUGUUCAAGAGCGUGCUGAAGAUCCGUGGAAAGAAGGCCAAAGUGAAAGCGUUGCCUUUCCCUUAUAUCUUGAAAACAGAUGAUCACUGCAGCUCACCCAAACUGAUUCCUGGGAAGACCUACUUCUUUAACAAAGUUAAUGUUUUCACCGAUUCCAACCAUGACACUGUUCUUCAGUCAGUCCACUUCAUUUUUUCUAAGUGUUCACCUUAGAUCACCAGUCACUGAUGGAUACAUAUUACUUCUUACUCACACACUGAUUUACAUUUUUUCACAACAGCUAUUACAGAGAUGCGUUGUCACAUAACGGUCUGUUACCCCUAAAACAAUCAACCGUAAAGGUACUCAUCAUCAUAAAAAAAUUAAACCUGACAUUUUACCAGCAAUACCAGCAGCAAAGUUGGUGAAAACCAACCCAAAGAGAUCUUUUCAGUUCAUCAUUGCUUUUCUUACUCAUUCAGGCACAAA